AUGCGGGCGUCCCUAGCCGGGCUCGCGAGGAAUGUUUACAUCACCGCCCUAUUCACAUCAGGGUUCGAGGUGUUGAGUAAACUUCCUCAUCAUGGAGUGGGCUCCAAGCUGGCGAGGACGACCUGGAAGGAGGGCACACACUACUCUAUCACCAGCAUAAAGCUGUCGCAGGACGGAGCGCAUGGCAAGGCCUUUGGAGUGCUGAGCUGGAAUGGACAGGUCAGCGACGAGCGGCCCCUGCGCAUCUCCGGCCUCCUCAAGAAGGAGUGGAGAGCGGUGGACGGGCCCGUGCCGGCCCAGGAGUCCCAGGCCGCUGCCGCGCUGCGACGAGAGGCUGCUGCCGGGACCGCCGAGGCGGCUGCAGUGACCGCUGAGGCUGUUGCCUGA